AUGCAAAAACUGACUCCCCAGGACGACGACUACCACAAGGUCAGGACCGACUUUGCCACGGCAGAUGUCCCUGCGCUGCAGCCCCAUAGCAUCUUCUUACCUCGUAGCGCAGCAGAAGUAGCCGAGAUUCUGAAGCACACUAGGAAACCAGGCGAUGUAGUCGGCGUGCGUUCCGGCGGCCAUUUGUUCUCCUGUUCGUCACUGAUCCAAGAUGGCAUCUUGAUCGAUACGACGCACAUCAAUCGAACUGUACACUACGAUUCCGCAACACAAAUGGUCCACUUCGGACCCGCGGCUCGCGUGAGGGAGAUUUCUGAUGCGCUUUGCAAAGUUGGACGAUUUUUCCCUCACGGCCAUGCACCGAGCGUCGCAGCGGGGGGCUUCUGUCUUGCUGGCGGUCAGGGCAUGUUCAUGCAUGGAUGGGGUGGAACGGCGGAGACGUGGAUUGUCAGUAUGGAGGUGGUGACUGCAGCGGGAGAAAUUGUGCAGGCGAGUCGGGAGGAGAAUGGUGACUUGUUCUGGGCGGCGCGUGGGAGUGGCCAGGGGUUCUUUGGCGUUGUCACACGCUUCACUUGUCGGACGAUGCCUGCGAAGCAAAGUCUGUAUGAGAUUGGUCUGACAUUCCGCGUUGAUCUUCGCUUUCAGGAGUUGUUCAUGUUGGCAAUGGCUCGGCACGAUGCAAUGCCCAAGUUAUGGACUGAAGCGGCCAUUUGCACAUUUUACCCUGACAAGUUUGAGCGUCCGGAAGCUGGAGAUGGCGAGUUUGAUAAAGGGGCUCUCAUGUUGUCUGCGGUGGCAACGGCCUAUGCGGACAGUCUCGAGGAGGCUCGAUUGUUACUGAGCGCGUGGGAGCAGCCGGUGCCUAAAGCUCUACAAUCCCUCUUGGUCAGCACAACAGCUCUGCAUCCCGUUUCAUGGAAGGAGUAUUUUGACAAUCAAGACAUCCUGGGUCGGUGCCAUGAUGGGAAAAAUCGCUGGGCCAUCAACAGUAUCCUCACCGACCCUGAUAUUGAACUUCGAGACAUCGCUGCUGGCAUUGAGUCCGUCAUGUGCGACCUGCCGACUCGGACUUCAUUUGGCUGCAUCUACGUCGGCGACUCUACGCCUCGUCCAGGAGAGUGUGCCUUUAGUCUCCCACAGCAUCUCUAUGUCUCUACUUUCACGGGAUGGACGGACCCCCAGGCGAGCCCUGAUCUCAUGAAGUCACAUAUGAGGAGACUGUAUCGACAGGCCGAGAAGGUCGGCUGUGGAAUGUACGUAGCCGAUUAUGAUGCAACGGACGAUACGGAGAAUUUCCCCGUUAUGAAGGAACGGGUUCUAGAGAAGUUUCUGGCGGUGCGAGAGAAAUGGGACAGCACUGGCGUCUUUCCCGGCUACAAAGCGUUUAUUCGUGCUCGGAAAAGUUCUCCUCUGCCGGGUGGGAGAAGUCACUUAUAG